UAGCUAGUCUCUCCCUCAAUUCCAUUCGAAAUUCUACCACUUCGCUCUCGAUUCCCCCUCCUUCAAUUUGUUCCCAACCAGUGACUCAGUUUAGUCUCCCUGGCUCAUAGAUACGCUUCAACAUUCCAUGGAACUGUAGUUACGACCCAAAGCGGGUGACAAAUGCCGCUACGGCUGCCGGGAUUCUCGACUUCUAUACCCCAGAUCCUCCACAUCUUUAGGACGACUGACGACUUGAACGACGGCACGACUUUUCUUCUUUAACCCCCGGUUUUACCAGCCAUAUUCUUCCCCGUUGGGAUAUCUUCGACACCAUCAAUCGACCGCAUAUUUUACCCUUGUCAGACGCACCCUGAGCGAACAAUUCCCCCAUGCCCGCUGGUGCAAUGGACGCCUUGGGGGCUUUCUCCCACCUCUCCGAUAAUUUACCCACAUGGAUUACCCGGAUCUCUGAUCUGGCCACCCACACCGCCGCCAAACAUGCCGAAUAUGCCGAGGCGUACAAGAAACUCGCCGUCACACCGGGGAGACCGCGUCGACGCAAGAAUAGCUCCGUGUGCUCCAUCCGGACCGACGACCUGCGGAAUGCCGUCACACAAUCGCCGCCCCCCGUAGAUGCACCGACCCAGAAAGACUCCGACACCCCCCAGCCCGCCCCCCAGGACCCGUCGACCCCGGCCCCGAACCCUCGAAAGCGUGGCACGGACGAAGCCCCCUCCGUGGCCUCCGAGGAGAACCCUUUUGUCAGCACCCGAUACAACCUAGUGAUCCAUUACGACGGGGAGACGCAGAAGUCGCUGGAGGAAAUGGUGCGGGUUAUCGGGACGGCCAGAAACAACAUUCGGAGGGGAAAGAUGUCCCAGAUGGGCGCCAUGCGUAGUAGUGCUCUGAACAAACCCUCGCGCAUGAACAGCCCGCCGCUUCCUCCUUCCGCGGAUGGUUCUGAUGAUCAGUUGCUGUCCCAGAUCCGCAGCACCCGGAAUCGGGGGCCUCCGCCGCAGGCCCGGGUGAUGGCGAAGAAUUCCCCCUUUGAGAUGGCAGAUCGACAGUUGGAGUUGGCUCAUAGUUUGUGUGAGACGGCGGCUUACCAGUUCCUCCGGGUGGGCGACUGCUCGGAAGAACUACAGGGGGUGCUGGAUAAAUUCAAAGCGCUGCUCGAACUGGCCACGGGUGAAGUGCGACGUCUCACGGAGGAACAGGAAAAGGAACGUGCCGCGAAGGAGAACGAGGCUCCACACGUGGAAUCUAUACAGUUGACAGUUAGCCCCGGGAGCAACAAGGUGCCGACAUCAGAUAUCGGAGCGAUCGAGGUGGACGACGGGACGGAAUCCGAAGAAUCGAUUGACUUAUCUACGUUCCGAGCCCGACGAAUGAUGAUGAGGGCUUAGACACUACAUACCGUGUUGCGAUGCAAUACGCAGCGGCGGCAUAAUCGUCUCCGCGGAUACUACGCCGCAGAGCGUGCCUUGGAGCGGCAUCUUUGAUUCGAGUUGUUUUAGCGAUGAUACCUAACCCCUCCCUUCAUUGAGGUUUUGAGAAUCAC